GCGGCCCGGGGGUGCCGGCUGCGAGGGGGCUGCCGAGCCCGCCCCGGGGAGCGGCCAGGGACGGGCUGGGGCCGCGGGGACCCCUCGGCGUGAGGGUAGCGUGGCAUCACCGCCGUCCGCCGGGAGCGCCUGCGGCUUCGCCACAGCGGAGCCCUGAUGCGAGCCUGACGGUCGCUCGCAGGCAGGGGUAAGGCACGUCGCUAGUUCCGUGCGGAAAUCAGCGAGGUGCGCCUCGGCCUGGGGACCGGCUGUGCCGUGAGGUUGCGGUGGGAUUAUACCUUCCAGCAAAGAAAGGGCGAGCCGUGUCGGCCUGCGACUGACGUAAAAGACCACAGUUUGUAGAUCAAAGUGCGGCGGGCACCGGGCAGCCCGAGGAACCCAGUGCGGGUUAGGGGCAGCGCAGGGCUCUGGGUACCUACGUGCUGCCCAGGGCUGCUAUAGGCACCCCCGAACCCGGGGUACUGAAACCACCCUGCAGCUGCAGCCUGAGCUGUGAAGCAUCCAAACGCCUGCCCGAACCAGUAAACUCCCCAAGCGCCUUCUGAGGUCGGUGUCUUGUUGCCAAAGACUUCACACCGCGAUCAAGAGGCUGAGAAUGCCCCUGUGCCGUUCUCCUGAUGCUGUGAGCUUCUGCUUCACCUCGAGGGGUUCACCAUGUGAAUAGUAUACAUUCCACUAAGACAUAUUGUUACAGCAUCCAAGCCAAGCCUGGCUGGGUUGAUUCCAGUGUGGUGACAUGUGAAGUGUGCUUCUGAGAACCAGGGAAGUACCAUCUGAGAAAGGCCAUGGGGAAAAGUCUGGUGAAAUGUGGGGAAAUGCUGGCAUUACUGAUAAUUGUCUAUCAAAGUGGGUGUCGAUUCCCUUUCAUUCUGCAGUAUGCCAGGCAGAUAACUUCUGGUGACCAGAAGUCCCCUGCAGAGGUUGUUCAUUAUUAGCCAAAGCUACUUGCGGCUCUGCUUUGCCCAGACCCAGGAGAACUUACUGAGCUUCCUGAAGAUGGGACUGAUGAGAGCUUAUGUUUGAAUGAAUACAGCUUUUAAACAGUCUUUUACAAUGGGACUGAUGAACAAACAGUUCUAAUGACAAGUUAAAAUUAAUUACCAAAUGUCCAGCCCCUGACUGUUACCAGAUGUUGUCAGCAGCAGGUCCUGUUUUGGGGUGGCUGAGGGUGGUGACAUUGAGGUGCUGGAGCGUGUCCAGAGAAGGGCAACAGGGCUGGUGAAGGGUCUGGAGCACAGGUCUUGUGAGGAGCAGCUGAGGGAGCUGGGGUUGCUUAGCCUGGAGAGGAGGAGGCUCAGGGGGGACCUUAUGUCUCUCUACAGCUGCCUGAGAGGAGGCUGUAGGCAGCUGGGGGUCGGUGUCUUCUCCCAGAUAACAAGUGACAGGACAAGAGGAAAUGGCCUCAAGUUGCACCAGGAGAAGUUUAGAUUGGAUAUCAAGAAAAAUUUCUUCACUGGAAGGGUGGUCAAACACUGGAACAGGCUGCCCAGGGAUGUCAUGGAAUCACCACCCCCGGAAGUGUUUAAAAGAUGUGUAGAUGCGGUGCUUAAGGAUGAGGUUUAGUGGUGGACUUGGAAGUGCUGGGUUAAUGGUUGGACUUGAUGUUUUCGGAGGUCUUUUCCAGCCUAAACGAUUCUAUGAUUCUGAACCUGAGGUCUGAAGCUGUCCUGGAGACUACCUGCAAGCAGUCUGCAGGUGGGACCCAGUUGGUCCCUGGGUGGCCGCUCAGCAGAUUUUCUCCCGUGGGAGAUGUGAGGGCUAAGGGCUGAAUCAUGAGAGGGGAUGCUCCAACCCACAGUGCAGUCAUUUGCUGAGACCUGCUGCCCUGUGAACACCCCAGCUGGUGGCUCGGCUGCAGGCACACCCUGGUUUCAUCACUUCUCAUCCCAGCAAAAGGUGGUGGCUGCUGGACUACAGUCCCUGCUGCAUUUUGAACUCAUUGGGAGGUUUGGCCCCUCAGAUUAACAAUCUGGCUGGAAUGCCCUGCAGAGGUAGCUCCUGCCUUUCCUGGGCAUGAGGUGCUGCCAUACUCUGUACCAGGGCAUGCCGUCUCCACCUGAAAUGCCUGCCAUGUCCUGGCAGAAGCUGUGGCUGGAGCCACUAUGGGCUUCUGCUGAGCCCUGCAGGACAUCUGCAAUGGGAACUUUUUCUCUCCAAAUGGUGAUCUGCACCUCUUAGAAGAAGGUGCACUUUGGUCACAGGGUACAUACAAGGAAAUAGGUCAGGAAGCAAAAAAAAAACCAGGAGCUGGGAAGGAGGAUUUGAUGUUACAGUGAACAGGUGUUCCUCUUAGACUGGAAAUGAGUUGCUGGGAAAAAUGAAUGCUCAGUGCUGAGCUCCUUGGACACUCGCCUGGCUGUGGGAGCACCUUUCCUGCUUAUGGUCAUGGCCAGCAAGAGGCUGCAGCUGGGUCAGGGUCAGGGCAUGAGGACUCCAGCCAGCCCCAGGGCACGACAGAGGGGAGGGGUAAUGUCUUGCUUUCAACCAGACAAUAUUCAGUCACUUCUCCUCCCCGCCUCCAGCUCCCCACAUGAUCUGCAAAGCCAGGAAACAUGUGGCCCUUUGUUCUUACAGUGUCUGAUGUAAAGAGUUUGGUACGUGGUCUGCAACAAACAACAGUUGUGCCGGAAGGGAGGCACACAUUUGCCAUGUGUGUGAGAGAAGGCCUGCAGAGAAGAUGGCGUUGUGGUCUCUGACAUGACAUGCUGCUCAGAGGAAGGUCUGAGGAGAAACCAUCCCCAGAAUCCUAGCCUGCCUGUUGGUCAUGCUGCCCAUCCAGCCACUGAGGGCAUCUCGGAAAGUAAUGAGGGGUAAAAAAUGACCCUUAACAACGUUACCAUGCGUCGCACCCACAACAGCAGCCUGCAGCAGCAGCAGCAGCGAUGGAGCAUCCCUGCUGAUGGGAAGAAUCUGCUGGUCCAGAAAGACUCCAAUGAGUACAACCCGCAGAAGCGAUACACCAUCAAUCCCGAUGAAUAUUACAGAAGGAGCUGGUCCUCAGAGUCAUCUGACUCUGUCAUCUCCUCUGAGUCUGGCAGCAAUUGCUACCGGGUGGUGCUGAUCGGGGAGCACGGUGUAGGCAAGUCCUCGCUAGCCAACAUCUUUGCAGGGGUGCAUGACAGUAUUGACAGCGACUGUGAGGUGCUGGGAGAAGACACAUAUGAAAGAACCCUGAUGGUGGAUGGCGAAAGUGCAACCAUUAUACUGCUGGACAUGUGGGAUAAUAAGCGUGAAGGAGAAUGGAUUCGAGACCACUGCAUGCAAGUGGGAGACGCAUAUUUGAUUGUCUACUCCAUCACAGACCGAGCAAGCUUUGAGAAGGCCUCCGAACUCAGAAUACAGCUCCGCAGGGCACGCCAGAAAGAAGAUAUCCCCAUUAUUUUGGUUGGCAACAAAAGCGACCUUGUCAGGUGCCGUGAAGUUUCAGUGGCAGAGGGACGAGCCUGCGCUGUCGUGUUUGACUGCAAGUUCAUCGAGACCUCGGCAGCUGUGCAGCACAAUGUGAAAGAGUUGUUUGAAGGCAUCGUGCGGCAAGUCCGACUCCGGAGGGACAGCAAGGAAAAGAAUGAGAAGCGGCUGGCGUACCAGAAACGGAGAGAGAGCAUCCCCAAGAAAGCCAGGCGGUUUUGGGGCAAAAUAGUUGCCAAGAACAACAAGAACAUGGCCUUCAAACUCAAAUCCAAGUCUUGCCAUGACCUAUCGGUACUUUAAGAACGCUGGACUCUGCCAAAGCUUGUGGCAUUUUGUGGACAUGAUCUAACUAUGUCGUGGGACAAUCAAUCAAUCUAUAUUAGAUUGGGCUAUCAAAGUGACUUAGGUUCACAGUCGUGAUUGUGGUGAUACGUGCUGGCAUAAGAACAGCACAGUGCAUGGAAAUAUCUCUCUUCCUUUUUUUUUUUUUUUUUUUUUUUUUUUGUCAGUAGUUUUAAAAGAAAAGUAUAGACCAGAACGACCCAAAGUUAUGCUGGGAAGCGUUCUGGAACCUUUGGGUAAUAAUGUAAGAAUCUUGAACUGUCAUGACUUGGGAAGUGAAUACUACACUCUUUACUCUUUCUCCUUUAUAUUAUUAUUUCUUUUUUAAAACUGUGUAAAGAAUUGAGGAACUGACUGGGGAUCGGUCCUUUGCCAGUUGGCUGGUCACGCUUGAGCACUCACAGCUGAAAAACCUGCAUUUUGGUAGAAUAGCCACCAAGACACUUGGUUGUUUUUCUUGUUUUGUUUUUGAUGGUGGUUAUUUUAUUUUAUUUUAUUUCAAGGAUUGGUUUCAAUGAGUUUACACAUCUCUUACUUUGAAAAUAUUUAAGGAAAAUUCUUAUAAUCAAAUAAUUUUUCCUCUCAUAUUUUCUUAUUAUGCGACUUCAAAAAUCAUAGUAAAAUUAAAAUUAAAGUGCAAGUUGUAUCAAAGUGCAUCAAGUGCAGGAUGCUAAACCUUUAUAAAUCACCUGAGCUUUUUUAAGAAACCACAUGGACUUCUCGUAUCCAGCCUUGGCCUUUCUCUACGCCAGAGCUAUGCAGUAUUUAUUGUUGCGCAAAAUAACAAGCAUUUUAAUGUUGAGGGGAAAUGUAUUUAUUACCAAGUUUCUUAAAAGAAUAAUGUUAAUUUUAUUACUGUUUUCUAUCUAAUAUCUUUUUUCAGAUAUGCAAGUUUUUACUUACAUGCCUUGUAAUAAAAUAAAUAAAAUAUA